CUCCACCCUUCAGCGCAACAACCACCGAUCAUCUCUAACCUGCGCAGCUAUGGAUCUCCAACUCCUUGAGAAAACCCUCUUAGCCCUCUUCUGUGCUAUCAUUCUCGCUAUUAUCAUUUCCAAACUCCGUGGCAAGCGGUUCAAACUUCCCCCCGGUCCACUCCCGGUCCCGGUCUUCGGCAACUGGCUCCAAGUCGGCGAUGACUUGAACCACCGUAAUCUGACCGAUUUAACCCGCCGGUUCGGCGAUAUCUUCCUCCUCCGCAUGGGCCAACGCAACCUCGUCGUCGUCUCUUCCCCUGAUCUCGCGAAAGAUGUUCUUCAUACUCAAGGUGUCGAAUUCGGGUCACGAACCCGAAACGUUGUCUUCGAUAUCUUUACCGGUAAAGGCCAAGAUAUGGUUUUCACCGUUUACGGUGAACAUUGGAGGAAGAUGCGGAGAAUCAUGACCGUUCCUUUUUUCACCAAUAAAGUGGUUCAACAGUACCGAUUCGGGUGGGAAGAAGAAGCUGGUCGGGUUGUGGAUGAUGUGAAGAAGAUGCCGGAAGCAUCAACGACUGGGAUUGUUCUAAGAAAACGUCUGCAACUUAUGAUGUACAAUAAUAUGUACCGUAUCAUGUUCGAUCGGAGGUUUGAGAGUGAAGAUGAUCCGUUGUUUCAACGUCUUAAGACUUUGAAUGGAGAGAGAAGUAGACUAGCUCAGAGCUUUGAGUAUAAUUAUGGUGAUUUUAUCCCCAUUUUAAGGCCUUUCUUGAGAGGUUAUUUGAAGAUUUGUAAAGAGGUUAAGGAACGAAGGUUGCAGCUCUUUAAGGACUAUUUUCUUGAAGAAAGGAAGAAGCUUGCAAGCACGAAGGCAACGGACAACGAAGGGCUAAAAUGCGCCAUAGAUCAUAUCCUUGAUGCCCAGCAGAAAGGAGAAAUCAACGAAGAUAACGUUCUUUACAUCGUCGAGAACAUUAAUGUUGCAGCAAUUGAAACUACAUUGUGGUCUGUUGAGUGGGGCAUAGCGGAGCUGGUGAACCACCCAGAGAUCCAACAGAAACUCCGAAAUGAGCUGGACACGGUUCUCGGACCCGGUGUACAAAUCACUGAACCCGACACCUACAAGCUUCCCUACCUUCAGGCCGUGAUCAAGGAGACCCUUCGACUCCGUAUGGCAAUCCCAUUGCUCGUCCCACACAUGAACCUUCAAGACGCCAAGCUCGGCGGCUAUGAGAUUCCCGCCGAGAGCAAGAUCCUCGUCAAUGCGUGGCAUCUCGCUAACAACCCGGAUCAAUGGAAGAACCCGGAGCAGUUCCGACCCGAACGAUUCUUGGAGGAGGAAGCCAAGGUCGAGGCUAACGGUAAUGAUUUCCGGUACCUCCCAUUCGGUGUCGGUCGGAGGAGCUGCCCCGGAAUCAUUCUGGCCUUACCCAUCCUUGGAAUCACCUUGGGCCGUCUGGUCCAGAACUUUGAGCUCUUGCCUCCACCGGGUCAGUCUAAGCUUGAUACCACAGAGAAGGGAGGCCAAUUUAGCUUGCACAUAUUGAAGCACUCCACUAUUGUUGCAAAGCCUAGGGUGUUUUGAGCUUCAAAUCUCUCUCUCUCUCUCUCUUUGUUUGUUAUUGGACUUUUUUUGUUAGCUUAUUAUGUUUUUAAUAUUGUUGUGUACUUGUUUCAUUUAAACUUCCACGUGAAGUUAGUGAGGAGAAUGGGAUGCACGCAUGGGUCAUGGGCAAGCGGUAAAUAUAAUAAAAGAACAAAUAUCAAAAUUCUGUAAUAUGUAUACAUGCAUGGCUUCAUGAGAUAUGACAAGAAUGUAAAUGUAUGAAGUUGUAAGAGCAUUUAAGGCAUUUAAUUUGAAUAUACUUGCAUCGAUUCUUCUCCA